UAUGUAAUAGUUAUAUGUAUGUGUACAACAGUAGAUAGAAUGUUCUUCUACUACUCGUACGACUUGUCGUCCUCGGUUAGUCUCAUCUUCUCGUUUGUGCGGGCACAUAUUUUUUGCAUUCUUCUUUCAUUCAUCUCGAAAAGAGAAGUCAAAACCGGAUGUAGUAUUAAUUUUCUUGAACCUAGUGAGAUAAAAAUUGAUCGUGUGUAAAUUCGAUCCAAAAUGAUAAUAUUAACAAUGUGUGAAAAAAAUUUCAAGAAAUUUUGGUGUUAUGCGUUUUUUCUACUCAUCGCUUCGUUAUCGAAAUCUGAGCAAAGUUUCAUGAGCAACGAAGAGAAAAAUGAUAAUAUAACGAUACGAUAUGAGUUAGACUCUACAACAAACUAUGGCGACAAAAUAACAACUCUGUCUUAUGAUUUGUAUGAAAAAUCUACUAACAAUACGCAGUACGACAAUAUGCAGAAUGAAUUUCACACCAUUUCCAUGAGUAAUAAUGAUGACACGAUACGAUAUAAACUUAGCACACCUUCUACACAGAAUCAUAUGAGUGAUAAACAAAUACCGAUGGGAUCUCAAACGAAUUCAACAAAUGCCAACUAUAAAAGAAAUUUUACAUUAAAGGAAAUUUAUGGAAAUUUGAUGAAUAUUGAAGACAACAACAAUUCUACGUCACACGAAUUCUUUGAAAAUUCCAAUAAAGAAAGCAAUAUAAGUAACAUCGUUUCAUAUGAAACAUGUCAACUUGACAAUAUUACUUGCAUUCAACUCUGUUGUUCUCCUGGCGAUCGCCUAGAUGGCGACAUAGAUAGAUGCAUCCCGGAAAAAAUUAAAUAUUUUCUUCCGAAUGUAUACAAAUACACGAAUGAUUCGUUGCAGAGCGAAAAUAAAACGGUAGAUGAAUUGUUUCAACUGACUAUUUAUGAUCCAUGUCAGGAAAAUCGCACCCUGCUUCCCGAUGGUUUUCAAUACAUGUUUUUUGCUAACGGUUCUCUCUAUAUAUCUUCUUAUAAAAUAUUUGCUAAGUCGACAUCAUAUUGUCUCGCCAUUACAGAGGGAGAUAAAUUCGAAGUAAUUAUCUGCUCGGAAACUCUUGACGAGAUCCUUAAGAAAGUAGCUGAUAAUGAUGAUAAUUACUCGUUGAUUCAAAACAUAUAUAUGAGCUUCCAUAUUGUAUCUAUAAUAUUUUUGAUAUCAAUAUUUCUAGUGUAUUCCAUAUUGUCAGAUCUCCGGAACAUACACGCUUUCAUGUUGCGCAGUUAUAGCGGUACCUUGUCCGUCGCAUACACAAUCGACAUUGCAAAUAUUUAUAUUAAAUCGGAUGCUGUAGAGUAUCCCAUCUGUGUUACAAUAGCUUCCUUCCAAUACUUUUGGUUUUUAGCAAGCUUUUUCUGGCUAAAUAUAAUGAGUUUCGACAUGUGGUGGACAUUUAGAGGAUUUUCUUCGUUACAAAGAAACGUCAAAAAUCGAGAAAAAAAAAAGUUAAUUCUUUAUGCGAUCUGUGCGUGGGGUAUACCUUUUAUCCUCGCUAUUAUUUCUAUCAUUAUGGAUUUUGCUUCCGAAAAUUUGCCGGAAAUUUUGCGACCGGGAUUUCGCGAAGGUGAUUGCUCGUUCGCUGAUACUGGAACGUUUAUAUUGUAUUUUUACGGAAUCAAAAGUAUCUGUAUCAUUAGUAGCAUUUGCUUUUCCAUUUCUACGGCAGUGAAGAUCGCGCGUUACGAAAAGGAAACAGGCCUUCGUUUGACAGAUUCAGAAAGCAAGCAAUAUAAUGACAAUAAGAAAUGGUUCAAUUUGUAUCUGAAGCUAUUUAUCAUGCUGUUUAUAGUAAUUGGCAUAAAAUGGUCCCUGAUGACAGCAACAUGGUUGUCUGGAAAUUUAUCAAUUUACACUUCAUAUGCUAUUAAUUUGAUGGACAUUGUACAAAAUUUCUGCACAUUUAUCAUAUUUGUGUGCAAAAAAAAGAUCAAACGGAUGUUACUGAAGCGAUUCGGAUGCAGUGGAUUUAUUACAAAAGCUCAAUCCACAACGAAUACAAUAUCGUCAAGUGCUUCAACGCAUACUAUUACAUUAGGAGAGAUGUCUAUGCAGGAAAAGAUAAAUUCUUGCGGACAAAGGAAUCAUCACGUGAAAAAUUUAACCGAUGGAACUGAUCUCUAAUGUUGCAAUUCUAAUGGGCAAAAUAAAGUUUUAUAACAGAUCAGGAGUCAACAGUUCAUCAGCAAUUAUAAUCUCAUAAUUUUCAAAACGAAAAUUAAUUUUACAAUCUUAAACACUGAUCUUUUUCUUUUAAUCUUGA